CAACCUCAGCCUGUGUUGUCAUGUAAAUACAUCUCAACCACUAAAAUAACUAAGAAUAAUAGUACAUAUCAAAAGAAAGUUCAAAUGCAUAUUGCACGCAUGGCAAGUUCUGCGCACAAACUUUUCCCUGUGGAGGUUAGAAAAACAUGUUUCCUGUGAUAUGCAGAGAUUCUUGACCUAUAGAAAAGUCAUAUUUUUUUCAAAAGGAAGUUCUGACAAUCUUAGAACUGUGAAAAUGGAAAAUGCAUAAAAACCUAAAUGAACUGAAAAACGUUUAAAAAGAAGCAUAGUUAAAAUUAGCUCCAGUGUAAGCCUUACAGACUUUAUUUUAAAAUAUAUCUGCAUCUCUCUUGUGGUUCAUUCCAGGUUGCCUUAACCCCCGGGGCUGCACCCUGAUACCGUUCAACCUCCCACGUCCAGCUUCUCUUCCCUCCUCCACAACCUGUGGCAUAUUUAAACCCAGGAGACUUAACAGACUCCAUUAAAGCGACCUCAGACUGCAGUGAGCGUGAAUCUGAUAACACAUGGUUUAUUGGAUCUCUACGCUUAUCACCUUUUCUUCAGCAGACCAUCAACUAGCAGAGAUUUAUUAAAUGCAACAAGUUUACAACAGCUUUAAGGCUCAGAUGGCAAACUAAAGCUGAUAUUCCUCUAUGGUGAGGACAACCUCUGCUGCAGUGGAUUUGGUACAUUUUGGAUAAAACAUGUACUUGGAUCUUUUGGACUUGAGGUGUCGUCCUAUUCAGCUUAAAUACAGAAAGAAAAUAUCCCAUCCUAACUUCCAUUGAUUGACUCCUCUAUCUUAACAACACUGAUAUUUGAACAAUGACUAAUAUAAAAUUAUUUAAAUUGGAAAUGGCUCAAAUAUUUGAAGGUAAGUCAAGUAUUUUUGCUGAUACAAAUCUGCUUUAUAUCAACUUUUAUAUGUUAUCUAUCCUAACAUAGGUAAGUCAGUGCCAUACUUUAUAAAUGGGUAGAGGUUGUGUUUUGGUUACCUGUUUAUGUUUUGCAUUUUUAUGUCACUUGAUGUGAAUAAUGUGUGCUAUUUUUUUAUGUAAAGCACAUGUCAUACUUGUUGUGUAUACAUCGUAAAAUGGAGGAACAACUAUGUUGAAUACAAUUUUUAUAACAAAGACUGUGUUUUUAAAAUCAUAAAUGGGUUUUAUUGGGAUUAAAAUACAUGAAUGAUACCUACUGUCAGACAGAGGUUUUACUGGAUAUAUUAUUAGAACCAUUUUCUUUUAACUAAGUUUGUAUUUUGAAAAUAAUGACCCUUUCUUUCAAUACAUUCAAUCCUGUGUCACUCCCAGUUAUGAGCUAAGCCUGUCCACCCGGGGCGUUCCUUGCAGGAUGACGGCUGUCUGCCCCUCAGAGAGCAGCCCAGAAGGGGCUGAACCUGGGUCUGGAACAGCAGGAACCACUGGGAACAGCUCAAUUUCUGGGGCUGAUUCCAGAGUCUCUAAUGGAGACUCAGUCGGAAGUUCUGCUGGAGGUACAGUUGUGGGUACUAGUGGCCAGAGGUACAGCCGCUGGAGUUGCCAGGACAGCUCUGACAUCAACACAGACGAUGAGGGGGCCACCGUCCGCCGUCUCACUCCGCUGGAAAUGCUCAAUCUGGACAUGUGCCAGGAUGAAAGGGUGGUUCGUGAACUCACUGUGGGCAGAAGAAUUGCUUUCUACAAGAUUCGUGGAGAAAUUGGAUGUGGAAAUUUCUCUCAUGUAAAGCUAGGAAUUCACGCUCUUACAAAAGACAAAGUGGCCAUUAAGAUCUUAGACAAAACCAAGCUGGAUCAGAAGACUCAGAGGUUACUGUCCAGAGAGAUCUCUAGCAUGGAGAAACUACACCACCCCAACAUCAUACGCCUCUACGAGGUGGUUGAGACUUUGUCACGAUUGCACCUGGUGAUGGAGUAUGCAGGAGGAGGGGAGCUCUACACCAAGAUUACUACCGAAGGAAAACUUUCUGACACUGAUAGCAAGAUUGUCUUUGCUCAGAUCCUCUCUGCUGUUAAACACAUGCAUGAAAACAACAUCAUCCACCGCGACUUGAAGGCAGAAAAUGUCUUCUACACCAGCAACUCUUGUGUCAAAGUGGGGGACUUUGGAUUUAGCACACUGAGCUCCCGUGAUGAGACCCUCAACACAUUCUGUGGCUCUCCGCCUUAUGCUGCACCGGAACUAUUUCGAGAUGAACAUUAUGUUGGCAUCUUUGUAGACAUUUGGGCCCUGGGGGUGAUGCUGUUCUUUAUGGUGACAGGCACCAUGCCAUUCAGGGCAGACACUGUGGCCAAACUAAAGAGAUGCAUCAUGGAGGGAGCCUACGUUCUGCCCACUUGGGUGCCAGAGGCAUGCCAGAGGCUGAUCAGGGGAAUCCUCCAGCCCAUACCAUCUGACCGCUGUACAGUGGAACAGAUGAUGGGCUGUGAAUGGCUGCUCCCGGUGGACUUUCCACGUGCCAUGGAACCAUUUAGGCUAGAACCAUCCCAUCUAGCAGAAAGUGAUCCAUCUGAACUGCUGGAGGAAGAGUUGGAGGUGAAGGGAGCUCUGGAGACUCUAGGCAUCACUUCAGAGCACAUCCUCAACAACCAGGGCAAAGACUGCAGGAGCUCCAUUACUGGAGCCUAUAGGAUCCUGCUACAUCGUGCUCAAAAGAGACGGACUGUGGAGAGCAUGCCUACUGUAACACAAAAAGUUGCAUCAACAACAAGAAGUAAAAAGGAACGACUAAAAGUGUACCGAAAUUUAAGGCACACAUCUAAACUCUGUGUAGUUCUGUGACAAAAAUGUGCUUUGCUCUCAAAAUUUAUUGAUUUUUGUGCGGGAUGAAAUUGCAUGAUUUUCAUUAGAAAAAAAUGCUUUUCAGUCCAGUAAUAUAAAUUAAACUUAUGGAACAUCAUUCAGUUCCUGAAACCUGGGGUUUCUUAGUAUCUCUCUUGUAUGUAAAAUUAGUCUCUGUGAGAAGGCUGCUACAAGUAAAUCAUUAUUGUCUCUUUUUUUCUGACAGGGGCCUGGAAUUCUCUUUUGAAAUAUAAUUUACUUAUUUAGUUACAUAAUGAUAAUCAGAUAGCAUGCAGAAUUUGUUUGGCUGGCUCCCACCCAUCUGAUGCUCAAUUGUGAAAUAAUCUGUGUAGCCGAAAAAUAAAGAAAAUUGUUCAAAAUCAACAUAAGCCGAAAAAUGGUGCAACAUACAGUCAAUACAUCAAAUGUGCUAUUUUUAAUUGCACUUUUCUCCAAUGCCUUAGUGUUUUUUCUAUUAUGAUAUUAAAUCAGAUUAACUGGUUUCAUUAUUGUUUGUGAUGAUACAAAUUGAGAAUUUCAGAUCUUAUUUGAUGUAUCUCUAUGAGAUGUUCCUGCUGUUAGACUGGACCUCAGUGUUUUCCAUUUUAGCUAAAAAAAAAAAAAACAAAACAA